AGUUCAGAUGACAUGAUCAUGCUGUUUUUGGGGAUGCUUCUGCAACCAUCAAACACUGGCAGGGUAGUGGUGGCAAUGAACUGAAGUUUAGGCAGCAGGUUCACGAAUGAAAAGCAUACGGCAUAGAAGAACUAAUCGGAUCAUGCAUGAUUGCAGGACUAAAGACAGUAGGCAAGUCCUGAGGGAAGUAUUGAAGUAGAUCACUUAGUUAAGGUCUUCAACAAAGAAAGCAAGCCAGCAAUGAAGGUUACUAUAAUCAUACAGUUUAUCUUGGGGCUCAUUGUUUGCAAUGGACAUGACGUCAUCUGUGGCUCCUUAUAUGGAAAUGAGACAGACCGAUUGUCACUGCUUGAAUUCAAGAAUGCAAUCACACUUGAUCCGAAGCAAUCCUUGAUGUCCUGGAAUGACAGCACCCACUUUUGCAGUUGGGAAGGUGUUCAUUGCGAGAUGAAGAAUCCACAACGGGUCACUUCUCUCAACCUUACAAAUCAAGGUUUAGUCGGGCAAAUUUCUCUUUCACUUGGAAAUCUAACAUUCCUUAAACACCUAUUCCUUCCGACAAAUAGGUUUACUGGGGAAAUUCCUUCAUCCCUUGGUCAGUUGCACUGGCUCCAGAACCUCUACUUGAGCAAUAACACGCUACAAGGGAGAAUACCUAGUCUUGCAAACUGUUCCAACCUCAAGGCACUAUGGCUGGAUAGAAAUAAACUAGUUGGGAAAAUUCCUACUGAUUUGCCUCCUUCACUUCAAAUGCUGCAACUUUCAGUUAACAAUCUUACUGGAACCAUCCCUGCUUUUCUUGCCAAUAUCACAGCGCUAAACCAGUUUAACAUUGCGUUCAAUAAUAUUGAGGGCAACAUUCCAGAUGAGAUUGCAAAUUUACCUAAUCUGCAUAUUCUCAAUGCAGGUAGCAAUCAAUUGACAGGCAGGUUUCAGCGAGCCAUCUUGAACCUUUCUACUCUCGUUUUCCUUAACAUUGGUCAAAAUCGUUUAAGUGGCGAGGUACCAUCCAAUCUUGGUACCUCUCUACCAAAUCUCCAAUCGCUUGCAUUAGCCAAUAACUUCUUUGAUGGAAACAUCCCAUCUUCAUUGAUAAACGCAUCCAAGAUGCAUAUUUUGGAUAUAUCAGGCAAUAAUUUCACAGGACCGGUGCUUAGAUCCAUUGGCAAGCUUUCUGAACUAACAUGGUUAAAUCUUGAGUUCAAUCAACUCCAAGCACGUAACAAGCAAGACUGGGAGUUCAUGGAUAGCUUAACCAAUUGUUCUAAACUCCGUGCCUUCUCUGUAGAGGGGAAUCAUCUAGAAGGCUACAUACCAAGUUCAUUGAGCAACCUUUCAAGUCAGCUUCAAAAUCUAUAUUUGGGACGAAAUCAAUUGGCAGGGGGUUUUCCUUCUGGCAUAGCAAACCUUCCGAAUCUGAUUGUUUUAGGAAUGAAUAACAAUCGUUUUACAGGUGCUGUUCCCCAAUGGCUAGGUACUCUCAAAAAUUUGCAAAUACUAGGUUUAGCCGGUAACAUCUUUACAGGGUUUAUUCCAUCCUCCCUUUCCAAUUUAUCUCAGUUGACAUAUCUCCUUCUAGAUUCGAAUCAAUUUGUUGGCCUGAUACCACCAAGCCUUGGAAACCUUCAAGGCCUUGAAAUACUGAACAUUUCGAACAACAAUCUUCACGGCGGAGCACCAAAGGAGAUAUUUAGAAUUCCAACACUACGGCAAAUUUAUUUAUCUUAUAACAACAUUGAUGGACAACUUCCUAGUGACAUCGGCAAUGCCAAACAACUCACAAAUCUAGAACUCUCAUCAAAUAGGCUAUCUGGAGAUAUUCCUAGCACCUUGGGUGAGUGUGCAAGUUUGCAAGAUAUCAAGUUGGACUGGAAUAUUUUCAGUGGAAGCAUCCCCACUACAUUUAGCAAAAUAAGUAGCCUCAGAAUUCUCAGCCUCUCUCACAAUAACCUUAUUGGGUCAAUUCCAGUGUCUCUUGGCAACCUACAAUAUCUUGAGCAACUAGAUUUGUCAUUUAACCAUCUCGAGGGGGAGGUCCCAGAAACAGGCAUCUUCAAGAAUGUAACUGACCUGCGGAUUGAUGGAAAUGAUGGGCUUUGUGGUGGGGCUCUGGAGUUACACUUAAUGGCAUGUUCCGUUGUACCUUCAAAUUCAACGAAGCACAAGCUGUUUUUUGUACUCAAAGUGGUAAUCCCAAUAGUUUGUGUGGUAUCACUUACAAUGGUCAUACUUGUCAUAUUGUUCUGCAGAGGGAAACAUAAGAGAAAAUCUAUGUCCUCGCCACCAUUUGGUAGAAAUUAUCCCCAAGUUUCCUUCAAUGAUAUUGCUAGAGCAACAGAGGGGUUCUCAGUCUCCAGCUUAAUUGGCAGAGGGAGAUACGGCACCGUGUAUCAAGGAAAACUAUUUCAAGAUGGAAAUUAUGUUGCCAUAAAAGUCUUCAACCUGGAGAUAAGGGGAGGACAGAAGAGCUUCAUUGCAGAAUGUCAUGCCUUAAGAAAUGUGCGGCAUCGAAACUUGCUCCCUAUACUAACAGCAUGCUCAAGCAUUGAUUCUAAUGGGAAUGAUUUCAAAGCUCUGGUGUAUGAGUUCAUGCCCCGAGGAGACUUACAUAGACUACUGUACUCAACUCAAGACUAUGAGAGCUCUUCAGAUUUGAUGCACAUUACAGUGGCUCAAAGGCUAAGCAUUGUUGUGGAUGUAGCAGAUGCACUGGAGUACCUACACCAUAACAACCAUGGAACUAUUGUUCAUUGUGAUAUGAAGCCUAGCAACAUUCUUUUGGAUGACACUAUGACAGCUCAUGUUGGAGAUUUUGGUCUUGCACGCUUCAUAGUUGAUCGAGCGGUGUCAUCACUUGAUGAGUCAUACGCAACCUCUUCAAUUGCAAUAAAUGGAACUAUUGGAUAUGUUGCUCCAGAAUGUGCAACAGGUGGUCAUGUUUCGACUGCUAGCGAUGUCUAUAGCUUUGGAAUUGUUCUACUUGAAAUAUUCUUACGGAAGAGGCCUACAGAUGAUAUGUUUAAUGAUGGACUAAACAUUGUAAAAUUCGUUGAAAUGAAUUUUCCUGCCAACAUAUCACAAAUUGUUGAACCUGAAUUACUUCAAGAUGAGCCUGAGUUUCCUGAAGAACCUCGAGUGACCAUGAAGGAUGGCCUGGACUGUUUAACUUCUGUGCUCAACAUUGGGCUUCGCUGCACCAAGCAGUCCCCGGGUGAGCGGCCCAAUAUGAAGGAUGUGGCUGCAGAGCUGCACGGAAUUAAGGAGGCUUAUCUCCGAGGGUACUAAGAUUGCCAGUACUAUCUUGAAAAACGAAAAGUGCGAGUAAAUCACAAAGUGGUGCACAGAAGUUGAUACCAUGACCAGAGUCUUCCAACAUAUGGUAUAGCCUAUAGCUAUCCGGAUUAUCAGUUAGGAAACACGCUCUGCUUGUGCUACUAAUCAAGGCAGAGCUUCCUCCGUGAUUAUGGUCAAAUUCGGUGAUGGCUCUGUUUAAUUUGGGAUAACCUCCUGUUGCAUUUAAUUUUGAGGAAUCAGCCAACCUCUGUUAUCUUAAGUUAAGGUAACAUUACUGGAAAUGUUGCUAGUAGUACGGUGAGGCCUUGCUACGUUCGGGUACUUGAUGUAGGAGAGCUGCAACAACCUGAACCUGUAUUGUUUCUUCAGCUUUGCUGUAGUUCUAUGGGAGUUGGUCACUUCGAACGUAGACCUUGGUGUUGUGUUAGCCUUGCUUGGUGCUGUUACUACAGAUCCCAUAUCAGAAUCUGGCACCACUGCAGGCUGCACUUUUUGUAAGACAGGUAUGAUUUCAGUGCCAACAAAGUUAAAAUUACAGUUUCAGUAUUGAGCAAUUGGCUGUCAG